CAGAUCAUAAUACAUUGAUAGCGUAUCAUUAGCUCUAAAGUGUUAUCAUCGCAAUUUUAUUCAUUCGAAUAGAAUUCCUCUGAAACAAACGCCAUUUUGUAAAUAAAAAUAAUGGCGUCCGUACCUCCAGGAACUAUUAGGAGUUACAAUGUGCAAAUGCAAAAUGAAUCUCCAUUCGCGUUCACGGUUCUUAACUUGACAAAUACGAUAACUAAUUUGUUACUUGGUGCUGUGGCUAUCAUGGCCUUUAUUUACGCUAACUUAUUGAUGUCUUCACCAAAAAGUUUUGUUGUUUCCCAACAUAUCUAUUUGUGUGUUUUUGGGUACAUCAUACUAAUGGUGCAAGGGAUACACAGUAUGAAUAUCAACACAGGCUGGGCGAGAGCCUUCAGUUGCAAUAACAAGAGAACAGUGCAUUAUGCUCUUCAAGUUAUCGGUUCCAUCUUAGGCAUCGCGGGAUGCCUUAGAAUGGUCUCGUUGCGAUGGCUCUAA